UGACCCAGAGCGAAAGAUCAGUUCUCAACUGGGCAUUGACGCGAGCGGACGUCUGUGACCAGGCACGUUUGGAUAUUAGUGUAACAUGAAACUAGUGUAAAAAAUUUAAAAAGAUAAAAUGGAACAUCAGAACUUGGAGAAAAUGACGUCAACUAGCCUUAUGCUGCCGAGGGAGAAUGGGGAGAAGAUAGUUAUUAUUGCUCCCAACAAUGGCGUAGGAAAGAUACUGAUUAGAGAGGACACAGCUCUGGGCAACUUGCCGGGAUGCUCGGGAUGGUCGCGGGCGCAUUUCAACUGCUCUGGUGUUAAAAAGCAGUGGUCGGUGUUAUGCUGGGGUCAACAGUCAGACAAAAGAUACUACUUCUUACUCGUACUCCUGUGUGCCACCUUCGCACUAAGUCUCAUCGGCACAAUAUUCUUUUGUUUCACGAAUACAAUCAACGACGCUAUUUUAUCUAACAUGGUGAUAAGAAACAACAGUGUUGCCUAUGACAUGUGGCGGCGGCCCUCCGUACAGCCUUUGAUGAAGGUCUACCUCUUUAACUACACCAACUGGGAGGACGUCAAAGAAAGGCGAGCGAAACGACUACAUGUGGAGGAAGUUGGGCCAUAUGUGUACUCGCAACAACUGGAGCGAGUUAACAUAAAGUUUGACAAGGACAAGCUGAGCUACAACGAGAGGAAUGACUUUAGGUUUUUGCCUGAAGAGUCCAAAGGCGCUCACUUCGACCAGGUCAAUGUGCCCAAUCUUCCACUCCUCGGUGUCAUAUCAAAAGCGAAAGACAUGCAGAUUAAUGGUUUUGCCCAAAUGACUCUUAACACUGCGCUCAAUUUCGGCAAUCAUCCCGAUGCAUUCGUCAAAUUGCCUGUACACAGGUUUCUAUGGGGCUAUGAUGACACCAUAAUCGACACUGCAAAACCGAUCUUAAGCCUGCAAGGAAAGUUGAACUUCAAAAAGUUUGGACUUUUGGUUACUAAAAACGGCACUGUUUCCGAACGUCUCACAAUAAACACGGGUGAAAUUGACAAAGACAAGAUGAAUAUAAUACAGGAGCUGGAUGGAAGAGAUUAUUUACCUUACUGGUCGAGCCGGGAUUGUAACAGCAUAGAAGCAUCCGACGGAACAAUAUUCCCACCAUCUAUGUUGGAUCGCAAUAAGACUCUGUACGUCUUGUACACCAAUCUUUGCAGACGUCUGCCUUUCGUUUACGAAAAGGAUGUUGAGAUAGCGGACGGGGUCCAGCUGAUGCGGUACCGGAUGCCGCUGGACGUGUUCGACGACCCAGCACACAACGCCGCCAACCAGUGCUUCUGCGAGCUCGACACAGGCCACUGCCCGCCGCGCGGCGUUAUCAACGUCACAGCUUGCGCUAUGGGUGCUCCAGCUCUCGCUUCCUUCCCUCACUUCUACCGCGGAGAUCCGAUGCUAAGAGAGCAAGUGACCGGCCUCAAACCUAACCCCGAACUCCACAAAUCGUACCUGGACAUUCAUCCGACGCUCGGCAUCGCACUAAACGGCAAAUCAACACUUCAACUCAACAUCCAAGUGAGAAAAACUCCGAUGUACACGUCUCUAAGUUUCUUGGAUGACGGUCUUAUUCUACCUGUAGCAUGGAUUGACAUGGGUGUAGAUGAAUUACCAGAAACAUUGAGAUCGCUCGUAUACCACGGCACAUACUCCACGGCUGCAGUACAGCUGGGCCUUACUGUCAUCUGCAUUAUUUCUCUCAUAGUAUCCGGCAUAUGCCUCUUUGUAUUGUUCGUACGCAGAAGACAAAAGCCAUGUGCAACUGUAAAGAAGAUAACUGAAGCAGAACUUAAACCUCAAUUAUCAUGAGAAAGGAAUUUUUGGUUAAGUUUCCGUCAAUCAUCGUUAAUAGCCGUUAAGUUGUGACUUUUAAAAGUAGUCAGAUUUAGUCAGCAAUCAG